GGUUUUUGUCGCAGUCCGGUUCACGAAGUGGGUCGGGUUUUUUCCUCGUGCUGCUGCUGCUGCUACCUUUCUCACCGUCUCUCUCUCCUCUCUCCUCUCCGUCCUGUCCUCCUCCCGUUGGUGGGAGUAUAAAAUUUCCUAAUCCGCAAUCGAAGCUUCCAGAAGGCUUCCUCAUCCGUACCUUCCUCCCAACGCGCCUCGCUCUUUCCCGCAUCUGGAAGCUACGGUUUCGCCGGCUUAGAUCCAGCCGGGCUACGGGCGCUGGCCAGAUGGCCGAGCAGGGCGGCGCCGCCCCCGGGGAGGCCGUUGGCAGCGACACCACUGCGCCUGCGCCAGCGCCUGCCCCGGCGCCAGCGCUUGCUGCGGACGCGGCCGGGCAGAGGUCGCUGCCGACGCCGUUCCUGACCAAGACGUACCAGCUGGUGGACGACCCGGCGGUGGACGACGUGAUCUCGUGGAACGACGACGGGUCCACGUUCGUGGUGUGGCGGCCGGCGGAGUUCGCGCGCGACCUCCUCCCCAAGUAUUUCAAGCACAACAACUUCUCCAGCUUCGUGCGGCAGCUCAACACCUACGGAUUUAGGAAGAUGGUGCCCGACCGGUGGGAGUUCGCCAACGACUUCUUCCGCCGUGGGGAGAAGCGCCUUCUCUGCGACAUACACCGCCGUAAGGUAGCGCUGGCUCCGGCUACGCCAGUGGCGGGGCUGGCGACCGCGGCCGCCGCCGCGGCGUCCGGGGCGGUGACGGUGGCCGCGGCGCCGAUCCCCAUGGCGCUGCCGGUGACGCGGCCGGCCUCACCGGCGCUCUCUACCGACGAGCAGGUCCUCUCAUCCAACUCCGGAUCCGCCGAGGACCACCCGCAGGCGGCCGCGUCCGGCGCCUCCGGCGGCGCUUCGGCGUCCGGCGACACGGGCGAGGAGAACGAGCGCCUCCGCCGGGAGAACGCGCGGCUGACCCGCGAGCUCGGGCAGAUGAAGAAGCUCUGCAACAACAUCCUGCUCCUCAUGACCAAGUACGCCUCCUCCCAGCAGCUAGACGCCUCCGCAGCGCUGUCCUCCGUCGUCAACUGCUCAGGCGAGUCAUCGGAGGCCGCACCCGCGCCUCCGCCCCUCCCCCCGGCGAUCCUCGACCUAAUGCCCGCGUGCCCGGGUCUUGCCACCGCGGCCGCGGGCCUCGUCGCCGACGCGGACCCCGACCAGGCCGCGAGGCUGUUCGGCGUCUCCAUCGGGCUGAAGCGGAUGCGCGACGACGACGACACCGGCGACGAACAGGCGGACCACGGCGCCGGAGGGGAGGUGAAGACGGAGGCGUCGGAUCCGCAACAACAGCAGCAUCCUAGCAGUAGCAACGAGCCAUCGCCGGACCAGCACCCAUGGCCCAUAUACCGGCCCACGCCCGUGUACCAUUCUAUGCGGCCCUGCAAUGGGCCGGACCAGGGUGCCGGGUCCGACCAAGACGGGUCCAACUCCAGGUGAGUGGGCCCGCCCCACCUUGUAGAAGCUUCUAGUACCAAUUAAUUGAUUGCCAUAUUAUAUGGGCAACUAAUUAUCAUCUUAGAAACAGAAUAAAUACUAGAUUUUUUUCUCUGUUCUGUGCUUUGCUAGUUGGGGAUUGGGAAACUCCUCUCCCUUGUUGUAGUUUGUGCUUAUAAAAUCAGCGGUCAGAAUCCAUGGAAGCGCCGAGCGCGGCUCUGGUGUACUUUAUUUUAUAUAUGGUUCUUGUUAGAUGAACGCUCAUCUCAA